ACGACAGCAUGUUACAGUUCAAAGCCACUACCUGCAGUGGCUGCAGUUGCCAUCCAACCGUGUGUUGAUUCAAGAUUACCCCGAGGAAUUUGGAGGCUGAGUGCUCCAUCCCAAAUGUAAAAGUUGAUUUUAUUUAAAAUUAAACAAUUCGUUUUAUUGCAUUUCUCCCGUGUCAUGGCAACGACUAAGCCGACUUUCCUGGCGCAGCCGGUGGUGAAGUGCGUGCGGGUUUACCGCAACGGGGACCCCUUUUACGCCGGUAGAAAGUUCGUGAUCAACGAACGCCAGAUCUCGACCUUUGAAGCUUUCUUGAAGGAGGUUACCAACGGUUUGGAGGCACCAUUCGGCGCCGUCCGCAACAUUUAUACCCCGCAGCAAGGCCACCGUGUCUUCCAACUGGAGGAGUUGGACACCGGCAAGCAAUACGUGGCAGGAGGCAAGGAGAGGUUCAAAAAACUCGACUAUAUUCAGAUCGGAAUAAAGAAAAAAAAGCCACUGCCAAAGGAUGUUCAGAUCAAGCCAGUUGCUCACAGCCGGAUAAUAGCAUCAGCAAGAUUUCGAAAGCCUGCUCAAGAGCCAUGCAUUAUUUGUGUGUUCUCAAAUGGGGACUUCUUAAGUCCUGCUACUCGACUGCUGAUUCCUAAGAGAAUACUGGGCCAGUGGGAACAGGUCCUUUCUAGCAUCAAUGAGAAAGUGAACCUUAGAACUGGAGCUGUAAGAAAGCUUCAUACGUUGGAUGGAAGGUCCAUCAGUGAUGGCACAGAGCUCGAAAAUGGUGGCUAUUAUGUAGCUGUGGGCAGAGAUAAAUUUAAGAAGUUACCCUAUGGUGAACUUAUUUUCAGUAAACCAUGCCGAGGAAGAUCUAAUGGAUCAAAGGCUGCUUCACUUCCUCCAAUUCUGGGAUCUAAGAAGAGUAAGGAACACGCAGAUCGCCAAGUUCGUUCGACAGGGACCACAGGUGAAGUAUAUCCAAUGACUUCACCACAGCCAGCAAAGAGGAAGGGAAAGAAGGAACAAGUGACAACUGGAGGAGAAUCCGUGUUCCAUGCAAAACCCAUCAAAGUGAGGAAUGUGAAGGAGGAUAUUGGAAACUCAAAACUUAGUCAGCACGAUGGCUGUGUGUUUAAAGCUUACGAGGAAAGAACAGAGACCAUGGGUGCAACAGAAGUUCAAGAAGAUAACCAAACGCAGGUGGAGCUGCCCAUUGAUCAGAGGCCUGCAGAGACUGUUGAUGAGGAGGAAGAUCUACCAGAGCUAUGUAACGAACAAGGUAGUCAUGAAGGACGUGAAGAUUCUCCAAAUGUGGAGCAAGAAACCUGUAAUGAUGCAUUUAAUGAAGAAAAUAUCCUUAAGAUUGCUCAUGUAGAAGAUAAUCUUCAUCGAUUUGAUCUUCCUCACAGAGAAAUCAAGACCAGUGAGAAAAGUGAAACUGAUCAACAGGAAGAAGAAAUUGCUCAUCUUACAGAAGAAGAGGUGAAAGAUCAAACGGAGGAAAAUCAAGAUGAUAAAUAUUUUAAUCAGAAUAGUCUUGCUCAUAAAGAACAGAUGAUGAGUAAAGAAAGUGAAAUUGAUCAACAGGAAGAAGAAGAAAUUGCUGACCUUGCAGAAGAAGAGGUGGAAGAUCAAACAGAGGGCAAUGAAGAAGAUAAAUAUUUUAAUCCGACUAACCUUCCUCAUAAAGAACAAACGCCAAAUAAAGAAAGUGAAAUUGAUCAUCAGAUAGAAGAAGAAAUUGCAGACCUUUCAGAAGAAGAGUUGGAAGAUCAAACAGAGGGGAAUGAAGAAGAUGAAUCUUUUAACCAGAAUGAUUUUCCUCAUAACGAACACUCAACAGGUGAUGAAAGUAAAAUUGAUCAUCAGAUAGAAGAAGAAAUUGCUGACCUUGCAGAAGAAGAGAUAGAAGAUAUUGAUCAAAUGGAAGAGAAUGGAGAAGAUAAAUCUUUUUAUCAGAGUGAUUUUCCUCGUAAAGAAGAGAUAUUGAGUGAAGAAAGUGAAAUUGAUCAUCAUGUAACUGAAGACAUUUCUGACCCCACAGAAGAAGAGGAGCAAGAUGUCGAUCAAAUGGAAGGGAUGCACGAAAAUAAAUAUUUUCAUCAUAAACAGGAUGAAUUUCAAAAAGAAGACUUAGAUCAAGAAUUAGAAGACAAUCUUGCAGAUGGAGAAACCCCACUGGAAGAGCCUGACAAAGAGAUUGAAGUGAUUACCACAGAAGAACUUGGCAAGGAUGUUGACAAUCUGGGAGAAGUAUUAUCAAGUCGUGCGGAAAGUAUACCAAGUCCACUAGAGAGUGAUGGAAAUGAAACGAUUCAGCCCGCUACUGGACAUGCUGUUUUGGCUCAAUGAAUCUUGAAGUCAUUGCAAGUUAGCAAAUGUAGCACAGUUCCUUAUCUUUUAUUUUGUUAUCCUCUCUGGUGUUGUUAUGGUUCCACCCCUAGUUUCAAUAGUGAACAAUUGUCUGGGCAAAAGUGUUUCAUUGGUUGUUGGGGUUUUUCUAUAGUUGGCCAAAGCACUUGCUUAUAAUUAAAUACAGUACUUUUUAAAUGCAGGCUAGGGACUAAUUUGACCAGGCCACAUGAACAUAACAUGAAAAUAAUACUGUUUCUAAAGACCUACAUUUCUACUAUAAGCUCCAAUGUCCAAAUUUCUCUACAGUCUUGCCAUGUAUAAUUACACCUUCUCUUCCAGAAGUGGAAAUAAUAUGGCUUUUAAGAAGGAGGAUGUAAUUGAUGCAAGAUCUGUUUACAUAAGCAGUUUUCAUCAUAAAUGGGGAUUUAGAAAUUAGUAAUGGUGAAAGUUGGCCAAAGUUUGCCUGGGCGUACUGUUUACUUCACAUAAUUUAGAUGUCCUGCUUGUGAGAGGUCCACUCAAAAACUAACAAAAGUCCUAUUACUAAUCAGAGACUGUAAAUUGAAACAAGUAAGUGCUUUGACCCUGGAACUCCAAGCCAGUGAACAUGUGGUUCGGAUGUUUGUAUUUGGCUUUAUGAACAGUUGGGCCACCAGGUAUGCUUGCUGUGAAUUCUUACAAAUAUCAUUGGCAUUGGCUUGCCAAGAACACAUUUAAUUAGUUUUACCCAGCGACAUAUGAGUGAGCUUUUUAGUCUCAUCAGGAUAUUGAUUACCAGUCAAAUGUGUUGUGAUAUUUUGACAGCCAUGUACUGCACAUAGGCACAGGUUUAAGCUCAGAGGCAAUGCAAGGAACUAAAGGUUUCUGACAAACAUGCAGAAUAACAAUAUUGAUUGCCCAGUUGAAAAAUUAGCUGAUGGUUUUGAACAAUUUAAAACACAGUUGCUACCAAAGCCUCACCUACAUCUAUUGGAAUCAUAGUAUGUAAAGGCAAGUGCAGGACAAGCUGCUAUAGCCCUGUGGAGGGGGUUCACCUGCAGCAGUUGUAAUUAUUAGGGAUCGAAAGAUAAUCUCAAAAUAUUGAGUGCCGUGGGACACUAAAAAAAAAGCCUUUUUAUACCAAAGGCUACAAUUAAAUGAUUAUUAUUAAUAUAAAUGUACUAUACAAGAAAUUGAAUUUGAUCAAGCCCCUGUCGGUUCUAUAACAUUCGUUGAUUCUAUAUAAAUUAAAGCAGACUGACUGUUACAUAAGCUUUGAUAUCUUAGAUCAUUGUGACAAAAUGUUAAAUUAUUUGCUGGUCUUAGACCAACACAUGUCCAUGAAGCAAAAUGUUAUUUUGAAUCCUGCAGCUAUCAGUGUACUAGUUUCUAGCAUUUCCCUCACCGUAUGCAUUUGGCAUGAUUGGGAUUAGUGGCUAGUGGAGUCCAGGAGGCAGAGUAUAUUCAGAGGUGUACAGGAAGUACUAUCUGAACUAACCUUGGUGCGCAGUACAAUGAAGUCAGAGUCAGGGAAUAAAUGCAUUGCAAUGACAGGGAUAGCACUGAGAGGAAGUAAGUGGUAUUAAAGACAAAACUCUCUGAGCCCCUGUGUUAACAGUGAGUUCCUGCUCAAAUCCCCCAUUAAUUUUCCACCCAUUAAUGUCAAUGAAUGAAACACCACAGGAAUGACGGGAGAAUUCUGAAGUUAUGUUUUAUUAUGAUCUGAAGUGGAAUUUCUGAAAAUGGUGGCAGAAGCAGAUUCAAUAGUAACUAACAAGGGAGAAAUUAAAUAAAUACGAACAUACAAACAUGCAAAAUUGGAAGAGAAGUAGUCCGGUUGGCCCUGUAGGGGGCCUAGUCCACCAUUCAAUAACACCGUGGUUGAUUUGCUGGUGUUUCAAAUUCCACAUGCCUAUCAACCUUCGUAAUCUUUGAUUCUCUCACCUAACGCAAAUCUAUCUACCUCUGCCUUACAAAUAUUUAGUGAUUCCACCUCUACUGUCUUCUGAGAUAGAGAUUGUGCCCUCUUAGAGAUAAAAUUCUCCUUUUCUAAAAGAUGACCCCCUAAUUUUAAAACCAUGCCUUUUAGUUCUGCACUGACUUACAAGUGGGAGCAUCUUUUUUAUGUUCACCUUGUUAAGACCAUUCAGCAUCUUAUAUACUUCAAUCAAGUCACUUCUCACUCUUCUUAACUUAGUGGAAACAACACCCAAUCUGUCCAAUGUUACCUCAUAAGACAACUUACUCCUUCAAGUUAUCAGUCUAGUAACCUUUCUCUGAGCUGCAAUCCAAUCUGCACAUAGCAUUUAAGAUGUGGCCUCACCAAUACCCUGUUCAUCCGAAGCUAUAACUUCCUUAUUUUUAUGUUCAAUUCCUUUUGUAAUGAAGGAUGGCAUUCCAUCAGCUUUUUUGUGCUGCAGCUACAUACUAACUUUUUGUGACUCAUGAAUGAGAACAUCUUAAGCCUUCAGCACAUCAGAAUGCUGCAUUUACUUUCUUUAUAAAUAAUACUCUUUUUUUCAUUCUUCCUUUCAAAGUGAGCAACUUUGCAUUUUCCCACGUUAUACUUCAACUGCCCAAUAUUUAACCAUUCGGUCAACCUGUCUAUGUCUGUGUGCAACUUCUUUAUCUCUUCUUUGCAAUAUACUUUCCCACCUAUUUUGAUGUUGUCAGUAAAUUUGGCUACCAUGCUUUUGCUCCCCUUCUUUAAGUCAUUUAUGUAAACUGUAAGAAGUUGAGACUCUAGUACAGACCGCUGUGUCAUUAUCAUAUUGUUCCAGUCAGAGACACAUUAAUGCUGAUUUUGUCUCAACUAGCCAAACUCUUUCCAUGCUAAUAUGUUACUCCCUGUGCCAUGAGAUGUUGUUUUCCACAGAAACCUUCAAUGUGGCACAUCAUGAAAUACCUUCUGGAAUUCCAAAUACAAUACAUCUACAGACUCUCCUUGAUCCAGUGUAUGUUACUUAUUUGAAGGAACUGAAAUAAACUGGUUAAACAUGAUUUCUCUUUGACAAAACAAGGCUGACUCUUCCCAAUUAUAUGGAGUUUUUCUAAGUGCACAGCUAUAUUCCACAUCAGCAUUUUGAAAUAUCCCCUUAAUUAUCUGCCACUGUUUCUACAUUUGUCUAUCCCUUAUCCAAACAUGCUGGUUCACUUCAGCCAGCUCAGUUUACAUGGCCACAUAGUUGGUCUUAUUUAAUUUAAAACCUUAGCCUUAGACCUGUCUUCUGUUUGUGAAUAAAAGAAUGAACGGGGGAGCAGCGGUUAUUUGAACAGUUCUUUGAAAGAAUCACCACAUACAUGUCGGAUAAAAUGGCCUUAUUCCAUGCAUUUUGAGCCACAUGUGCUCACUGUGUGCUGAUGUCAUUGUGUUGGAGGUCUGGCCAGGCUUCAGGUUUUCAAUUCAAAUGUUUGAGAGAAUUUAAUUUUGAAAAAUAGUUUUUCUGCAUCGUCCUGCAACGACUUCACUCUUUCCACACCCUCAGCCAACACACAGAACCAUGGCCUACUGACUGUGUAUUGCGAGUUCCCAUGCUUCCAAGCAAAGACACACACACAGCUGAUGGAACUUAUGAUUCUUGCUUCUAUUUGCCAUGAUUAUACUUUCCUUGCCAGUUUCAAAAUCUUCCUGCUAUAUUGUUAGUAGCUAACACAAGAUAGAAAAGAACUAUUCCAUGCUUUUAGUCUCAGUGUAGCAUUGAUUGUAUUGCCUGCUCCUACGGUGAAAUACUAUAGAUACAGGAAGAACAAUUAUAAUCUAUUUGCUAAAUACAUGCAAGUUUAUAGGAUUAUUUAUUCCCUGCUUAAAUUCCUGAGUAGUGAGCAGUUACCAAUACGAACAUAAGAACAUAAGAAAUAGGAACUCAAGCCAUUCUGUUCCUUGAAGCCUGCUAAAAUCAUAGCUAAUCUGAUUUCAGCCUUAAUGCCAGAUUUCUGACUAUUUCAAUAUUGUUUGUCUUCCCUAUAGUUAAAAGUGUUUUGUCUAUCUCAGCUUUGAAUAUAUUCAGUUCCUUAGCUUCCACAGCUCUCAAGGGUAGAAAUUUCCAAAGAAUCACCGUCCGAUGAAAGAAGAAAUUCCUCCUCAUCCCUGUUUGAAAAGGGUGGCCCUAGUCCUGAAUCUGCACCAUCUAGUUCUGGAUUAUUCCAUGAGUUUGUUUCAAAUGCCAACAUAUGCUUGGUAACCAAAUUUCUCAAAAUGCAAUAUUCUACAAUUAUAGGAGAUCCAGCAAGAAGUAACAGCUUGACUUUCUGGGCAGUGCCCUUCAGAAUUGAUGGCUGAACAGACAGCCUUUUAAUAAUAGGAAGGAGAAAAUUUCAAGCAGGGCGAGGAAGGACCUUCAAGCUGCUACAAAGGAUAGGAACAGAUUUUGGAUGAUGCAACAAAAUGUUUUAUUUACACUGAAGUACCAAGUUUAAAGGAAGUUAAGCACCUUAACGAAAGAAAAACACUUGCAAAUAGCUAAAAAAGUAACCCAAGUAAAAAGGCAAGUAAGUGGGAAAAUAGAAAAAAAAGUGCUGGCAGCCUCUAGGUGCAGAACUGAAAUGAGAGCAAUAUGUGGGAAAAAUUGAAUGGAGUAAAUUUUAUCCUGUUGACACUUUUGGAAUUUGCCUGCAGUUGACGCUUAUAGCAUUUCAUGCAGAGGUCAACAGAAUACAUAACUGGGAGCUCUCCUCCUCAAGAGUGGUGGGAAUAAGGGACAUGAAAAUGUGUUCUGUGUUCAGAGUGUCUCAGUGUCAUAUUAAAAAUGUGUUCUUUCUUUCACCUAGUAACUAUCUUAACAUUAUGCCUAAAAAUGAAAAUUGGACGAGAAUGUCCAGUGACUUCCUACUGCAGGUAUUGUCCUGGCCUUUCUGUAUGAGAGUUAGUUGCACAAUUUAGGUAGCACCGUGCUGUGCAUGCUGGGACCUAGAGUGGGAUUUCAAUGGUGUAUCCACUUUCAAGAGUUUUGGCACAGUUCCAGAAUCUGAACAAUGGUGUUCUUCUCCUGCACCUAGCCAGGAAGACCUUUUGAAUUUGACUGAAUCAUUUCACUUUUGACUGUUAACCGUCGCACGUGUAAUACUGACUCUCUGAUUUUUCAGCUUAUAUUCUAAACCAUUAUAACUUUUAUUUCAAAUCCUUUUUCUAUGACUUUGGUGUAUAUCCCUAUGUGACUGAGGAUGAUUUUUUCAUUUGAUGAAAAUGUAAAAUGUCACUUAUUCAUUCCAGUUCUAUCUAAAACCCAGACUUUUGAUUCCCAUGGCGAGAGUGAACCUUGGAUGGAAUGGAUUUCAAGUAUUUUUGCCAGUGGAAUAGGAUCUCUUUGUUGCAAUGGAUUACUCAUCAGAGAAAAUAACAAGCCACCAUGGGUGCAAUAUCCUUACACCCUCAGUUGAGGUCUGGACUGUGGCCAUUGAUGGCCUGUAAAAGAUAUGACAUCUGAAGAAGUUGGAGAAACUUUGUCAGUUUGACAGCUGUGAGGAAAAACUGAUUCAUUUCUUUGCACAUAUUGUUCAUGUUAAUUUGUCCACAUCAUACGCCUUGAACUGAAAGUACAUGGAUCAUUGAGGCAUUUUUGAAACUGUGUAAAUAACGCUAUUAUAUCAGUUUCAAGGAAUUCACCAAUGUAAAAUAUGUCAUUGCAUAUUAACACUUUAUCAAUAUUUGUUGGC